AUGUUUGGGAGAUUGACUCUUCCACAACUACUUUUUGCCAGCAUUCUUGGAGUUGCUGGAGGAAUAUAUAUUUUUCAACCAAUAUUUGAACAAUAUUCCAGAGAUCAGAAGGAAUUAAAAGAGAAAUUGAAAUUUGCAGAGGAAUCAGAAGAGAAGAGAAGUUAAAAAAAAUACUGCAUGGAGUUAAACUGUAAUUUUUUUAAAGUUCCUUUGAAACUAUACAUGACUAUAAGUAGUCUUGUAAAGUCUUCUCAAAUAUAUUUUAAACAUAAAUAAAUCAUAGAUGAUGAUUUUUAAAACUAGCACUGUCGAUCUCAAUGUUCACCGUACUUUUAUUUGCCAUUUUAUGUCUUUUUCACUAGGACAGAUUAGUAAUUUUAUUUUAAGCAAAAAUGAAUGUCUUUAGAGCUACUUUGUUCCCUAGUAGACGUUUAGAUUUCUGGGAAUGAAGCAUAUAUAAUAUCACGGGUGACAGUCUAGACUAUAUCUAUAAAAUAGCCGGGAAUGGUGUUUACUGUAGUGUUUGUAGAUGAAAUGAAUCAAGUUAAUCACCUCAGGCAGAAUGCCUCUCCAUUAGCCUACCGUUAGCUUUCAUCAGUCUUUCAACUCGAGCCUGUUCUCAUUCCAGGAAGAAUGGAGGAGUAAAUUGAGAAUUAGGGUGACUCAGAUCAAAUGAGAUUUUAAAGGGGUAUAUGGUGUUAUAUAGAGUGGCAAAUAAUGACACAAAUCUAUUUAACCUAAGAAAAUAUGCAUUAAUAAUGGUGGUUAG